AUGCACACAGCAACGAUGAAAAGACGAGUAAGAAUACCUAUCGUCGUCAUCCUUCUACUUAUACAAACUUGCGCCGCCGCGCUCAGCUCCAACUGCCCUGCUUCCUCCUGCGGCAACAUUCCCAACAUAAGUUACCCCUUUCGACUCGGCGGUGACCCAUCUCACUGCGGCGACACGAGGUACCAAUUGCAGUGUGAGAACAACGCAACUCUUCUUACCCUGUUUUCUGGUAAAUACAGAGUCCAAGAAAUCGAUUACAAGAGAUACAAAAUCCGAGUGAGUGAUGCGGAGGACGGUACCUGCUCCUCCAUGCCUCGCUAUUUCUUGCAGUCCGGCAAUUUUAGUAACGAUUUAAUUGGUCCUGGGAGGGAUCUGCUGAAAUUGGAACCAUUUUUUCAACCGUCGAUAGCGUAUUUCAAUUGCAGCUAUCCAAUCGCUGAUGAUCCUAGAUAUGUUGCUGUUGAAGCCAGUGGUUGCGACCUGAGAGGACACGUGUAUGCUUUUGUUAGGGAUUCGCAAAACGGUUUUGGUGUGAAGGACAUCAAGGUUGGGUGCCAGCUGGUGGUGGCUACUUUUGCUGGUGUGGGAGAGCACAAGUCCAACGAAGCAAUUUCGUACAGUGAAAUCUACAAAAUGCUUUCGCAGGGAUUUGAACUCUCUUGGUUGUAUCUUAUCUGUGAAAAUCGAUGCGGAAAGGGAGUAGAUUGUAGUGUUGAUGAAUCCACACAUGAAGUUCGGUGCCAGCAAGACUGCCGUUAUAUCUAUGAAGAACCUAACUCAGUCACAUACGAAUGCAGCAGCGGUAGUAAUGCAAACAUAAUAUACGUAAUAGUUUUAUUUUGCAUUGGUCUUUAUAGAGGAUUGAUGCGAAAUUUUGGCUUGAAUAAAGCUACAGGAUAUGAUGGUGAUAUAGCAGCUGAAAUAGGAAAAGGUGUCGGAAGGUAUAUCUUACCGUACUUUAUAAUACGAUUUAUAUUUGGUGUGGUAGCUUUUGCUGUGUUGUUGAUAUAUAAAUGGGGAAGAAGACAUAAAUCAAAGUAUGAAAAUAUUGAAGCUUUUCUACAAGAAAAUACCCUCGCGCCAAUAAGAUACUCAUAUAAAGAAAUAAAGCACAUGACGAGGGGUUUUAAGGAAAAGUUAGGUCAAGGAGGAUUUGGCUUGGUAUACAAAGGAAAGCUGCGUAGUGGGUCAUUUGUUGCGAUAAAGAUGUUGAGUAAAUCAAAGUCUGAUGGGCAAGAUUUCAUUAGUGAAGUUGGUACUAUUGGAAGAAUACAUCAUACAAAUGUGGUGCGACUUAUUGGAUUUUGUGUGGAAUCAUCAAAUCAUGCUCUUGUUUAUGAAUUCAUGCCUAAUGGUUCUCUUGAUAAAUAUAUUUUUUCCAAGCAAGAUAUUAUCUCUUUAACUCAUAGACAAAUAUACGAGAUUUCUCUUGGAGUGGCUCGUGGUAUUGCUUAUUUGCAUGAAGGUUGUGACAUGCAAAUUUUACAUUUUGAUAUCAAGCCACAUAACAUCCUUUUGGACGAAAACUUUGUCCCAAAGGUUUCAGACUUUGGCUUGGCAAGACUUUAUCCUACAGACAAAAGUAUUAUCACUUUGACUGAUGUCAGGGGAACACUUGGAUACAUGGCGCCCGAGUUAUUUUAUCAUAAUUUUGGAGGAGUGUCAUACAAGGCAGAUGUUUAUAGUUUUGGAAUGCUUUUGAUGGAAAUGACAAAUAGAAAAAGAAACUUUAAUCCACAUGCAAAUGAUUCAAGUGAAUUUUUUUUUCCUCUUUGGAUAUACCAUCAAUUGAGUGGGGAAAAUGAGAUAGAAGGAGAAAAUGUUACGAAGCAAGAAUACAAUGAUGAGAUAAAGAAGAUGUUUUUAAUAGCAUUAUGGUGUAUACAACUGAAGCCAAGUGAUCGUCCUCCCAUGAUCAAAGUAGUGGAGAUGUUGGAAGGAGAACUUGAGAAUAUUGAAAUGCCUCCAAAACCUUCUCUCUAUCAGAUAAAUGAUCACAAAACUAAAUCCUACGAAACCUCUUCAAAUGAUUAUAGUGGAUCGACAAGUUAUACUGAGGAAAGCAUUGUUCAUAUUUCUCAUAUUUCUUCUGAAUUUUCUACUUGAUAUUUGUAAUGGCUAAUAAAUCGAUUUACACGAUGUUUCUUUUGAAAGACACUAUUUACUUCUUUAUAUUUCCAAUUUAAAGUUUAUUUAACAA